AGCGGGGGCCUGCCAGGCCUCCCGACCCCGCAGGGCGCCCCCUGUGUCACGGUGCAGCAGCCCCUCCCUGAGGCUCCCCUCUGCUGGGGGAGCUGGGGUACCCCGCGUGUGCUGCCCGCUGCCUGCGCCUGGCUCCCCUUUCCCCCGCCAGCGUGCCCGGUUGUGCUGUGAAAGGGCAAAGUCUCUUCGCCUCCUCCUGCGGCCCCUUCCCACGGGGACGUUCCGGUGGCUAGGCGAGGCCAGGCCCGAAGUGGGGCUGAGCCGGGCGCCCAGAUGAACCAGUGUCCCUGGGAAGAGGCGAGCGCUCCUGAUACAGCCAAGCGGCGAUAAUUCCCCCCUUUGCGUACGUUGCCAUCUCGCUUGGGUGUGCUGCGUUUGUCCGGGUUAGCCUGGCAGCUCUUCGGGAUGAGGGCCCCUUGUCUCUGGGGCAAUGCAAGAGUACGCGGUGCUUUAGACAAGGAGAUUUGGACACUGCCAGCAAAACAGCAAGAUGAGUAGUCGUCGAAAGUGUGCGCCUCCACUGAGGAUGGAUGAGGAGAAAAAGAAGCAACUCUGUUGGAAUAUGCAUGAAGACCGAAGGAAUGAGGUGAUAAUAUUGGAUGAUAACAUUGAUGAAGACAACCCUGUUCCAGGUCCAAGCACCUCUUCUGUAUCCUUUGUUAUAGAUGAUGAUAGCAUUGAUGAAGGACUAUCUUACAAAGAAAACGGAGGGUCAAAGUCAGUGGGUUUCUCAACAGAUGAAGGAGAAGACUCUUGCUCCAUCUUGACCUCUAUAUCUGUACAGCUAAAUAUUGUAGUCUCGCCUUACCAUUCAGACAAUUCCUGGAAAGCUUUACUUGGAGAAUUUGUUCUUCAGCUUCUUCUUGAGAAAAUUCUUAUUGAGAAGAUCCAUAAAAGGAGUUUUACUUUGAUGAGAGCAGAUUCUGGUGAUCAGCUGCAAAUUUGUGUUCAUGCAAGAAAUGGAGAAGAGGGAGGUGAUGAGGAAGAAGAAAGCCUAGGUGAUUAUGAAGAGGGCAUAUUGGUGGAAUCAUCCCUCAGUAGUGAAACGUUAGAAGACUUGAGGUGGUUGCAAAAGAAGAAGGUAAUUGGACUUUAUCAAAGACCUAGAGAAGAUCAAGCUUUAAAGGUUGGGAUUUACCUUCUGGAAGCUGGUUUAAGCAAAUCAGAGUUUCUCAGUGAUGGAGGUGGGAGAAUAAAAAAGGCCAACCAGCUGAUUCAGAAACUAAUGGAAAAGUACUACAACUUUAUAAUUCCAGAUGUGUUGGAGGAGGAUGAGGAAGAAUCUGACAGAGAGCUGGAACGACAGAAUAUUGAAGAGCUGUAUGACUUUGUGAGGCACACACAUCAGCAGGAAGUCCAGUUUUUGUGGGAGGACGUACAGCAUUCUGCAUUGAUUCCUGUACUGAGGCCCUAUCAAAGUGAGGCUGUGAACUGGAUGUUGCAACGGGAGAAUUUCAGAAACAACCCUACCAAUGAAAACACACUACACUUUCUAUGGCGAGAGGUCAUCACUCCAGAUGGAGUAAAACUCUACUAUAAUCCAUUUACUGGCUGCAUUAUCCGUGAACACCCAGUUGCAGGGCCUCCGUGGCCUGGAGGAAUCCUGGCAGAUGAGAUGGGUCUUGGAAAGACAGUAGAGGUACUGGCUCUUAUUCUGACACACACCCGACGAGAUGUUAAACAAGAUGUGCUGACACUACCCGAGGGUAAAUUGGUGAACUUCUUCGUUCCACCCCAGCCUACUGAAGGAAACAAAAAGAAAAAAGCAAAGAAAGUGGAGCUUAAGUCAAAGGAGAAAGUACAGUAUCCCAGCUUACGGGUGAUGAUAUUGGCAGCUGUCAAGGAAAUGAAUGUGAAGAAGGGAGCUUCCAUCGUUGCAAUAUUUAAGUAUGUCAGUGCCAUAUAUAGAUAUGACAUACAGAGAAACCGACGUCUUCUCAAAAGAACUUUGGAAAAACUAAUUGCAGAACAAGUAGUGGAACAGGUUAAAGGUCAUGGUCUGGCUGGAUCGUUCAAGUUGGGGAAGAAUUACAAAGAACAAAAGAGGCAUGAGAGAACCAAAAAACAGACAACAAGGAGUCCUGGAAGGAUUCAGAAGACAUCUUUGCCUAAUGCUAAAACUCAAACCAAAGAAUCAGCAAGUAGGGUCACAUCUUCAGAAAAAGUCAAACCACCCCGGCUGGUGGACAUUCCCGCAGAAGAGCAUGACUACUGUACAACUAGUAAAAAUAACAAAAAGUCUGAGACAGGCCAAAGGACCUGCAUAAAAGAAGCAAAUCUUCAGCCAAGAGUUAUGGACUUGGAGUCUGCUGAUUUGCAAGGCGAUCUCAUGUUCAGUGAUUCCACCAGUCCUGUCCUCAGUGCAUGUAAAAAUACAGAUGAUGUAGAAGUCCUAAAGGACCAGUCCUCAGACUCCCAAGAAUGUGCUGGCAGUGUCAUACAGCAUGCCAGUUCCAUUUUUCCAUUCAACACCUCUGACUAUCGUUUUGAAUGCAUUUGUGGUGAGCUUGGCUUGGUUGACUGUAAGGCCCGUGUGCAGUGCCUGAAGUGCCACCUAUGGCAGCAUGCUGAAUGUGUAAACUACAAAGAGGAAAACUUGAAGAUUAAGCCCUUUUAUUGUCCCCAUUGCCUAGUAGCAAUGAAACCAGUUUCUACAGGCGCCACUCUGAUAAUCUCUCCAAGUUCCAUCUGCCAUCAGUGGGUGGAUGAGAUCAACAGGCAUGUGAGAUCAUCUUCCCUUCAAGUCCUGGUUUUUUCCCCUUUCAUCUACUGUAUGCUUCACAGAAAGGAUCACAUUGAAAAUGUUGAGGUGUAUCAGGGUGUGAAGAAACAUGGCUUCUUGCAGCCUCACAUGUUAGCAGAGCAGGAGGUAGUCAUCACCACUUAUGAUGUCCUUCGCACUGAGCUGAACUACGUGGACAUCCCACAUAGUAACAGUGAAGAUGGGCGCCGUUUCAGGAACCAGAAGCGGUAUAUGGCUAUCCCAAGUCCUUUAGUAGCAGUGGAGUGGUGGAGGAUCUGCCUAGAUGAAGCACAGAUGGUUGAAUGCACCACUGCAAAGGCUGCAGAAAUGGCACUCCGUUUGAGUGGAAUCAAUCGCUGGUGUGUCAGUGGCACUCCUGUGCAGCGAGGAUUAGAAGAUCUAUAUGGCCUAGUGCUUUUUCUUGGAGUUGAUCCUUACUGGGUCAAACAUUGGUGGGAUCAGCUUCUGUAUCGACCUUACUGUAGGAAAAAUCCUCAGCCUCUCUACAGCCUAAUUGCCAACAUAAUGUGGAGAUCAGCAAAGAAGGACGUGAUUGAUCAAAUUCAGAUUCCCCCUCAGACAGAAGAUGUGCACUGGCUUCACUUUUCUCCUGUGGAGAGACACUUUUAUCAUCGUCAACAUGAAGUGUGCUGCCAAGAUGCACUAGCAAAACUCAGGAAGAUUUCUGAUUGGACUCUUAAACUUAGCAGCUUGGACAGGAGGACGGUCACUUCUAUUCUGUACCCUUUGCUGCGGCUGAGGCAGGCCUGCUGUCAUCCACAAGCUGUUCGUGGGGAAUUCUUGCCAUUGCAGAAAAGCACAAUGACCAUGGAGGAGCUACUAACUUCACUGCAGAAGAAAUGUCGCACUGAAUGUGAGGAAGCCCAUCGACAACUGGUGUGUGCUCUCAAUGGUUUAGCUGGUAUCCAUAUCAUUAAAGAUGAAUAUGCGUUGGCAGCAGACCUGUACAGAGAGGUGUUGCGUUCCUCUGAAGAGCACAAAGAAAAGCUCAAAACAGAUUCGCUGCAAAGACUUCAUUCUACACACAACCUGAUGGAACUACUGACAGCAAAGCAUCCAGGGAUACCACCAACCUUGCGUGAUGGCAGACUUGAGGAAGAGGCUGAACAACUUCGACAACAUUAUAUGAGUAAAUCCAAUGCAGAAGUUUCAGAAGCUCAUCAGGCCUUGCAACCAGCGCUACAAACCAUUCGUGAGCUCCAGAGAAAGAUACAUUCUGGGUCGCUUUGGUGGUUGGACGUGAUCCAGACAGCAAUACAAUAUGCCAUUGAUGAGGAGCUUGUUCAGCGUGUGCAAAAUGAGAUAACCAGUAACUACAAACAGCAAACUAAUAAACUCUCCAUGGCAGACAAGUUCCGUGACUGUAGAGGCCUUCAGUACCUGCUCACAACUCAAAUGGAGGAGGUGAAGAAGUUCCAGAAGCUUGUAAGAGAAGCUGUGAAAAAUCUAGAAGGUCCUCCCUCUAAGAAGGUUAUUGAAGCAGCCACUCUCUGCCAUCUGCGGCCCGUUAGACUUCCUUUGAACAAUUGUGUCUUCUGUAAGGCUGAUGAGCUGUUCACAGAAUAUGAGUCAAAGCUGUUCUCCCAUACUGUGAAAGGCCAGAUGGCUAUCUUUGAAGAAAUGAUAGAAGAUGAAGACGGGCUGGUUGAUGACCGUUUGCCCACCACAAGUCGAGGACUAUGGGCCGCGAGUGAGACAGAGCGCUCCCUAAAAGCCAUACUGUCUUUUGCCAAAGCUCAUCGAAUGGAUGUUAGACUAAUUGAAGAAGGGAAUAUAUUUCUGGAACUCUUUGAAGCAUGGAAGAAGGAGUACAAGUUACUUCAUGAAUAUUGGAUGGUACUGAGGGAUCAUGUAUCUGCUAUCGAUGAACUUGCUAUGGCUACAGAACGGCUCCGAGUGCGUCAUCCUGAUGAGCCAAAGCCUAGCCCCCCUGUUCUUCACAUCAUAGAACCACAUGAGGUAGAACAAAAUCGAGUGAAACUUUUGAAUGACAAGGCAGUUGCCAAAUCACAGCUUCAGAAGAAACUAGGCCAACUCCUAUAUCUUACUAAUUUGGAGAAGUCACAGGAUAAGACCACCGGAGGAGUUAAUCCAGAACCUUGUCCAAUUUGUGCCCGCCAACUGGGAAAACAGUGGGCAGUGCUGACAUGUGGACAUUGCUUCUGCAAUGAGUGCAUAGCUAUUAUUAUAGAGCAGUACAGUGUUGGCACCCGCAGAAGUUCGAUUAAAUGUGCCAUCUGCAGGCAGACAACUUCUCAUAAAGAAAUAUCCUACGUCUUCACUGCAGAGACUGCAAACCAGGAGGACGAUAUUCCUGUGAAGGGAAGUCACUCCACCAAAGUGGAAGCUGUGGUUCGGACUCUGAAGAAAAUCCAGUUUAAAGAUCCAGGGGCUAAAUCUUUGGUUUUCUCAACGUGGCAAGAUGUUUUGGACAUAAUUUCAAAAGCUCUAGAUGAUAACAACAUGGUGUUUGCUCAGAUUAAUGGAAUUAGUAAAUUUCAGGAGAACCUCUCGGCAUUUAAAUAUGAUCCCAAGAUCAAUAUUUUGUUGCUACCCCUUCAUACUGGUUCCAAUGGAUUAAACAUAAUCGAGGCAACUCAUGUUCUGCUAGUGGAACCCAUUUUGAAUCCUGCACAUGAACUUCAGGCCAUUGGCAGAGUGCAUCGUAUUGGACAAACAAAGCCCACCAUUGUUCACAGGUUCCUGAUAAAAGCAACAAUAGAAGAGAGAAUGCAGAUGAUGCUGAAAACUGUAGAGAGAAGCCACACCAGCUCUUCCAUGAAACAGUCAGAAGCCUCAGUGUUGACAGUGGCUGAUCUGGCAGACCUUUUCACAGAAGAAACUGAAGAACUUGAGUGAAACAACUUUGAUUUGAUGCAGUGAAAUCAGAAGGGACAUGUCUUAGUAAUAGCAUCUGUAUUAAAUCGGUUGACCUGUCAUAAAUUCCUGUAGAUAUCAAACACCCUUCUUCUGUUAGGAUUGCUAGAAUUAGUAAGGGUUUUAAUCGUUUUCAUUUGAUUCUGUGGCUAUGUCCUUAUCAGCAUGUUUUCUGAUAGCACUGAAGAGAUAUUGCACUUUGCACACGAUACAAAACAAUGGAUUUUAUUUCCAAAGAACAUUUGAGCUGGACUUUUGAGGGUAAAAUCUUGGCCCCAGUUAACAGGAGUUUUGCCACUGUCUUCAAUGGCGCCAGGAUUUCACUCCGAGUAAAGCUUCACUCUGGGGGAAGGGAAGGUGGAAUCAGAGAAACUGAACAGAGUAUUUUGCUUCUCAGUUUUUUACUCUACAAAGCAUUAUUGAGAAUGAAUACCCUCAUAGAAAGGGCUCUAGGAUUCUCAGCAUUUAACUCUCAAGGAUUGCACCUCUUAUUGUUAACACUUAAACUCUUUACUAACCAGUUGGGUAUUCAUAAUGCCCUUUUUAGGUAUUCAUGUAGAUUAUGUAACACCACCGAAGUUUCAUUGCAAGUUAGAUUUCGUGUUCACUUACUGCAGUGUUAUCUUGAUAAAUUAUGCCUUUUAUAUGUAUAUUGGUCUUGAAAUAACAGUAAAAAGCUGAAUCAGUUGUACACAUUUUAAAAAAUUCUUGAAGCCAUGACUACUUUACUGCUUUGCUAUAAGAAUUUGGGUUCCUUUGUUAUAGAAUUUAAAAAGAAAUUAAGCUACCCAUCAUUUUAUACUCA